AUGCAGCGAGAAAGGGUUUUGAGCCUGCAGAUAACUUGUACGAAUUCCUUGGAGCAGCAGGAGACAAUGAUCUCUAACUAUCACGUCGGCCUCGGCUCAGACGGCCACGUCUUCCUCGCCGCCAACCUCGAGUUCCCCGGCCUCUCACUCCACCACUCCGUCCAUGCCGAGUUGUUCGUCCUCACCAGCCUCGCCGUCCACCGCUGCCCCUCCCUCCUCUCCCUCGCCGUCUCAUUCGCUCCUUGCGGCCACUGCCGCCAGUUCCUACAGGAAAUCCGAGACUCCUUCUCCCUCCAGAUCCUCGUCACCGGCGACGGCGAUCGGGAUCCCGCCCAGAAUCCCGAUUUCAAACCCCUACCCAAUCCCUUCGGCCCUCACUAUUUGCUCGAUCGUGGUACCCCGCAUCUGCUAGACAGCACGACCAUGGCCUGGAUCUGUUGCCCCAAGUUUGAGUUGGGAAUGAUUUUGAGGAUUUGGGAUUUAGGAUCGCCGGCCCUUUUUUUCUCUGUUGGGAUGAGCACGUCCGUUCUCGGUUCCUGCAACAGGAUAUCCGACAACUGGCGAGAGACGACAACGUCGGCGUGGUCGCCUCUGGCGAUCGACCGAUACUCUGUCGACACCUGUUCAAGGCGGCGAAGUCUGGCUCGCCCUAAUCCGACACGAUGGAUUAUUCUCCUCCACAAACCUAGCUUCUUCGAUUGGAGUUUCUCAUCUGCCGCCGCAUCUGUUUCCAACCUAAUUCGUGCUAACGUCUUUCCCGGCUACGGAAUUGGGCCUCACAUCGCCGAAUCCGUCAAACAGCAUCUUGCCCCUGAAUCUCGACGAGCUGUUCAGUUCCUUGAAGAUAGACAGGAUUUCGGCCUCCCGGGAAUUUUUCACCUUCUCGAGGCUCCAUGGGGAGAGUAG